GAGAGAGAGAGAGAGAGAGAGGUGCUAGGAAGACGGGAUGAGCAUGAGCAUACCCUCUGUUUUCAUUAAUGGAUAUUCCUCUCAUUAGAUCUUUCUUUCCAUCAAUUUAUUUUGUUUCAAAGGAAUUGUGAGUUUGCCAUGGAUCCGUCCGUGCGGUGAAAUCUGAUUGAUGAAUCAGGGAUCCGAUGGUGUCAUAUUAAACCCAACAUUUCGGACUCUGUAUUUGGAUCCGUCUGCAACUGCUUCCUAUCCGAUUUACUGGAUAAAGGUGUCAUUCGUUUUAUUUUGGCUUGAUGUUGAUUUGAAUUUUUGUCCGCACGGUAAUCGAGUUCGAUUUAACUUUUGAUCGUGGACCCCUUCUUUUGCUUGUGUGAUUAACGCUGGAUUUAUCUGCAAUCUUUCGAAUUUACCAAUGCUUUCUAUAAUGGCUCAGCCAUGUCAUUUUUCUUCAUAUAGCUGCGUUGACAAGAUCUAGGUGUUCGAUGACAUUCUACCUGCCAGUUGGUUUCCAUUUUCUAAUUUGACGAUUUGCUUGUUCUGCAAGACUGCUUUGAUUUUAUUUCCUUUUGCUUACUUCAUCUAAGAAGCAGCUGCGUUUGGUUUAUGCAAAGGAAUGCUUGUUAAUUAUGUUCCAAAAUGGCAGGGAUAUGGAGAUGGAUCGAGGUAAAUUGUUUGUUGGUGGUAUUUCCUGGGACACAAACGAGGAGCGCCUCAAAGACUAUUUCGGGACUUAUGGGGAUGUAAUGGAGGCAGUGAUCAUGAGAGACAGAACCACGGGCCGGGCCCGUGGGUUCGGCUUCAUAGUCUUUGCUGACCCUACGGUUGCCGAAAGAGUGAUCAAGGAGAAGCACGUGAUCGAUGGGCGAACUGUGGAAGCUAAAAAAGCUGUCCCGAGAGACGACCAUAACUUAACCAAUCGAAACAGUAGCAGCAGCACCCAGGGAUCGCCUAUUCCUGGGCGGACCAAAAAGAUUUUCGUGGGAGGAUUAGCAUCCACGGUGACUGAAACCGACUUCAAGAACUACUUCAGCCAGUUUGGAUCCAUAACAGACGUUGUGGUCAUGUACGACCACAACACUCAGAGGCCAAGGGGCUUCGGGUUCAUAACCUAUGACUCGGAGGAUGCAGUGGACAGAGUGCUCCACAAGACCUUCCACGAGCUCAACGCAAAGAUGGUCGAGGUGAAGCGAGCUGUUCCCAGGGAACUCUCCCCCGGGCCCUCACGUGGCAGCCCGCUCUUUGGGUAUAAUAACUACAGCUUCAGUAGGGGUAGUGGUUUUCUCAGUGGCUAUCCACAGGGAUACAACCUAAGCUCGAUUGGGGGCUACGGUGCACAUGCUGGGAUUUCACACUUUCAGGGUUUGAAUCAGGGUUUUGGAGGGCGAGUGAUGAGCCCUUACUUGAGCGGUACUCAAAGCAGAUAUAAUAAUACCGCGAUUGGGUAUAACAAUACAAAUAGUAGCAGCCGAGGUGAGGCGUUUUUCAACUCGGCGUCGAGGAAUGUGUGGGGAAAUGGUGGUAAUAAUGCGGUGAGUAAUGUUGGCUCGGGUUCGUACCUUGGUUCGGGGAGUGGUGGUGGUUUUGGGGUGUUGAGGAAUGGGAAUUGGGGGACUUCUAAUAACAAUGGAGGUACUGUGGGUUACAGAGGUGGUGGGGAGAAUAAUAACUACUCAAUCAGUUUGGGAGGGUUUGGGAGGAAUGGUGGGACGGGUUUUGGCUCCAUGUCUGCUUUUUCUGCAUCCGGGGGCGGAUAUGAAGGGUCUUAUGGGGAUUUUUACCGUGGGGGUUCUGUUUAUGGUGAUCAGACCUGGCAAACUCCGUCUUCCGAGCUGGAUAAUCGGGGUUCAUUCGGUUAUGCACUUGGGAACUUGGAGGAUGUAGCCGAUAAAGAGUCUGAGGAUUUUGGCGUGGGGUAUGGCAUUCCAAAUAGACAAUCCAAUAGAGUCCAUCUCAAUGACGAGUUUAUCCUGCAACUUGCUGAAUUGCAACACAGGAAUUUGCUGUAUUCUGAGGAUGCAGGAGAUGAAAUUUAAAAAGAACACGUGGUUUGUGAAUUUCAUUCGUAUCCCUCAUAGAUAUAUUAUCUCUCAGUUUAUCGUAAAUUGGUGUCAUCACACAGAGCAAACAAGGUUUUUGGGGGCAAAGUGUACAUGCUCAGUGGGAGCAGUUUCCAGGGACUUUGCCGAGAAUUUGAAGGUUUGAUUUUAUAAUUUAGGUUCGUUCUUCUGCAUUUUGAUUGAGAUGUAAAUCAGACAUCAGGAUAUUUGUUGUGCGGCUCUUUAAAAGCAAGACUGCUAUUGGUUGAUUUGGAAGGUAGAAAGUUAUUUUUGUAUUCUUUUUUUCUUUCCAUCCCUGUUAAACGGCUUUUUUCUUUUUUGGUCUGGGAUUCUUAUCUCUCAGAUUGUAUGUGAGAGUUUCUGUUUGGUUUUCUAGUGUNCAUUUUUUUCUU